AUGGGUCCACCUCGAGCGCCGGCCAAUGAGAGCGUGGAGAUGUCGGCCGUGUCGUACGGCCACGUUAACCGGUCAGAUCCCACGGCUGGGCUGCUGCAGGAGACGGCGGAGAUGGGUCCACCUCGAGCGCCGGCCAAUGAGAGCGUGGAGAUGUCGGCCGUGUCGUACGGCCACGUUAACCGGUCAGAUCCCACGGCUGGGCUGCUGCAGGAGACGGCGGAGAUGGGUCCACCUCGAGCGCCGGCCAAUGAGAGCGUGGAGAUGUCGGCCGUGUCGUACGGCCCCGUUACGGAGAACGACGGCGGAUGGCGGCGCAGAAAACACACGCGGAACAUCAUCUCGUUCGUGGUUUAUCUGGCGCCAGUUCCUACGAUCUGCAAAAUCUACCAGAACAAAUCAGCAGAAGGGUACUCAUCACUGUCCUACAACCUAUCCUUGUUCAGCUGCCUGAUUUGGGUCUACUAUGCGCAUCUCAAACCCAACUCGGUCCUCCUCAUCAGCAUCAACGCCAUCGGAUGCAUCAUUCUGACAUGCUACAUCACCAUCUACCUCGUCUUCGCCACGAGGAAGGAUAGGAUCUCUACCAUCCAAGUAUUCGUCGCAUUGAACCUGGUGACCUUCAUCGGGAUCCUUUUCCUUACUCUGCUGUUGUUUAGUGGCACUAAUCGCUUGACGGUGCUCGGGUGGAUCUGCGUCGGCUUCUCCAUCAGCGUUUACGCUGCUCCCAUGAGCACCAUUAGGCGUGUUGUGCGCACGAGGAGCGUGGAGUUUAUGCCGGUGAACGUCUUGGUGUGCCUCACGUUGAGCGCAGCCAUAUGGUUCGGCUACGGUGUGUUCACCAAGGACGCAUUCAUCUCGAUUCCUUGCAUUCUGGGAGUCAUCUUUGGAAUCGGGCAAAUAGUGGUGUACGUGAUUUACAAGAAGAAGGGGAACGCCGUGGAGCCAGCGGAGCCCGAGCACAUCGUCGAGGUGGCAGAGCCGGCCCCAGCCCAGGCUGCGGAGGCGCAGGUCGCCGCGGAAGGGAGCGACCACGAGGACGGCGAGGGCGGCGCCCAGGAGUCGGCUGCCGCGGCCGAGCACAUCACCAAGAUCGCGGAGCACGUGGCCCAGAUCGCGGAACAUAUCGUGAAGCUCGCGGAGAUAACCCCGAUGUCCCCGACGCAGGAGGAGAGGAAGGCAGCGGCGGAGGAAGGCGAGAGCAGCGCCGUGGAAACGGUGGUGCCCGAGAACGUUAUCGACAUCCCGGCUUCUGAGAUGAACGGUCGUGACGAGUAG